AUGAUGCCAGCAAUUAGAACCAAAAGACCAAAAAAAGAUGAGAAAACCACUGGGAGCCCCCAAAGGAGGAACAAUUUUAUGAGUCUUGCAAGUGCUAUACUUGGCAAUACAAUGAUCUGGAGAAACAUAAGCAAUAAAAGUUCAGAUUUGCUGAGGGCUGUGGAAAAGUUUACAAAGCUGCUUUUAACUGACAAUACAACGAUUGAGAUAGAAAACGAUAAUAUUAAACUGAAAGGAAGUAAUGUGUCUCGUACAAGCAAUGAAGACUUUAACAAAACCUUUAAUAAUAAUGGAGUAUUUAUUCCUAUGGAUCAGCUCAAACAUCUGUCAGAUAAUUCACUUAUUCUCUACAUAUUAUAUCCUACACUUCAUGAAAUUUUGCCAAAGAAUGUUAAUGUUAAUGCUACAAGCCUCUCCAUUAAUGGGAUAGUUAUGUCAGUCACUGUAAGUGGUACUAUAAAUAAUGUAACAUUGACAUUUGAGAAAACCAAUACAUCACUGACAGCAAAUCAAUGUGUCUUCUGGAACUUCAGUACAAUUAGCUGGGAAAGCACUUGUACCCUGAUGCAAACUGAUACAAGCAUUACAUGUAACUGCAACCAUCUAACUCCAUUUUCAGUUCUGAUGUCAUCAGACAGUGAGAACACUUCUAAUCGAAAUCCUCCAUUAGAAACAAUUCAAUACAUAGGCAUGGGGAUAUCGAUGGCAAGUGUAACUCUCCUCCUUAUUGUUGAAGGAAUUGUGUGGAAAUCAGUAGUGAAAAGUAAAACCUCUUACGCACAGCAUGUUUCUGUGGUAAACAUAGCUAUUUCUCUUCUGAUAGCAGACACCUGCUUCAUAAUAGAUGAUGCUUCUGUACAAAAUGAAAACUCUAUACAGGCUGCUUGUACAACAUUAACUUUCUUUACUCACUAUUUCUAUCUUUGCCUAUUUUUUUGGAUGUUUGUGCUGGGCCUGUUCCUUUUUUACCGCUUAGUGUUCAUUUUUCAUUACAUGAGCAGAUCUUCCAUGGUGGCUAUUGCAAUUUCCUUGGGAUAUGGAUGCCCUUUGCUUAUAGCAUGUGUUACAGUUGCUGUUACGGAACCUGCAAAAACCUAUACAAUGAAAAACAUUUGUUGGCUUAAUGAGGACAAGAGCAAAGCACUUCUUGCUUUUGUUAUUCCAGCAUUGACUAUUGUUUGUUUCAAUGUUAUUCCUCUGAUAGUGGUAACUAUUCGGGCAGUACAACGCUUUAAAGCAAGCAAGCAUGGAUCUGAGGAAAAAAACAGACUUUGUCAUAUUGCAAAAAUGAUUCUUACCCUAACACCAUUAUUAGGAGUUACUUGGGCACUUGGAUUUUUGACUUUUUACUUUAAAAGCUAUACUAUAAAGAUAAUCUUUACAGUACUUAAUUCCUUUCAGCUUUGUUCAUCAGCUGAAAAGGAAAGAGUAACCCUUGCUUCCUUGUGCUCUGACAUUGUUAAUGCCUAUUGA